GUAUAAUCUAGUGGACGGAACGCUUCUUUCAACAGCAACAACAGUUCGUCAGCCACCUCGGUAGCUUGCUAGACAAAAUAGACGAACCAAUGAAGCUCUUUAGACGCUUUAGUGUAUAUUAGCCACUGUGUUUUAAAACCUACUUCUGUGGUCUAGUUAGUUAUCGGAUUGAAUUCUAUAUUAAUGGUGUUGUUGUUAUUAUUCAGCUAGCGGGCUGGUUAAGUUAGCAUUAGCCUAGCUAGGUAACAUCUCCAACCAUGAGGUUACUAAGCUACUCUCCUUCUGCUAAAGAAGAGGUCUGCUGGACGGAGGAAGACGUUAUCGUGAAAAAGGAGGAGGAAGAGGAGACUGUUUCAAUACAAAAACAAGUAGAGGGUGAGGCUGUAACCGUGAAGGAAGAAGUGAACGACGUUACAGUGAAGGAAGAGAAAGAGGAUGAUGCUGUUUUUGGAGUGAAAGAGGGGGAGGGGGAGAUGACUGUCACAUCGAAAAAGGAGAAGGAAGAAGAGGAGGGAACUGGAUAUCUGCGCCUGGUUUCCCAAAUGCAUCUUAAGGCAUCCAAUGGUUCUAACGAUGAACGGGCCCUGAUUAACACUAGAGAGAGAUGUGACUAUCGUGGAUCCUCUGGGGAUCCUCAACAACAUCAUGAUGCUGAUGAGGCAGAGAAGAGUCUCUCCACAUCAGAACUCCUCACGAAACAUCAGCAGAGACCCACAGGAAAGAAAUCUCAUUGCUGCUCUGACUGUGGGAAACGUUGCAAAUCUUCAUCAGAACUUAAAAUACACCAGCGAGUACAUACAGGAGAGAAACCUUAUAGCUGUGAUCAAUGUGGGAAGAGUUUUACUCAGUCAAGCUCCCUGAAAUCACACCAUAGAACACACACUGGAGAGAAACCUUUUGUCUGUUAUCAAUGUGGGAGGAGUUUUACUCAGCUAGGCAACCUGAUAGGACACCAGCGGGGACAUACAGGAGAGAAACCUUAUAGCUGUGAUCAAUGUGGGAAGAGUUUUACUACAUCUAGCUAUCUAACUAUACACCGGAGAACACACACCGGAGAGAAACCUUAUGGCUGUGAUCAAUGUGGGAAGAGUUUUACUCAGCUGAGCAGCCUGAUAGUACACCGGCGGGGACACACAGGAGAGAAACCUUAUAGCUGUGAUCAAUGUGUGAACAGUUUUACCUCAUCUAGCUAUCUAACUAUACACCAGAGAACACACACUGGAGAAAAACCUUAUUGCUGUGAUAAAUGUGGGAAGAGUUUUACUCAGCAAAAUGGCUUGAUAUCACACCAGAGAACACACACAGGAGAGAAAUAUAGCUGUGAUCACUGUGGGAAGAGUUUUACCUCAUCUAGCUAUCUAACUAUACACCAGAGAAUACACACAGGAGAUAAAUCUUAUGGCUGUGAUCACUGUGGGAAGAGUUUUAUUCGGCUACAAUCCCUGAAAUCGCACGAGAGAAUACACACUGGAGAGAAACCUUAUAGCUGUAAUCAAUGUGGGAAGAGUUUUACUCAGCAAAACGGCUUGAUAUCACACCAGAGAACACACACAGGAGAGAAACCUUAUAGCUGUGAUCAAUGUGGGAAGAGAUACUCUGAUAAAAGAUCUCUGAUUAAACAUCAGAAAAUACAUGAAAUUGUUUCAUGAUGUCAAUGAAAUGAUGUCACAUUGUAGAAUGUUUUAACAUUGUAGGAGUAUUUUAAUGAUGUCACAAUUUAGAACCCUAAACGUUUGUCCCCCUGUUCAGUUAAAUUGAUUUUAGCCUCAGGGGGAAAAAAUCCAGGCUAUGAAUUGAAAUAGUAUUAUUUAUGAGAUUUAUCAGAAAGCGACUAACAAAAAUUGAGUUGUGUUACACUUACCACGUUGAUGACCCACUUGAAUCAAAAUGCAACACUUCAAAAUGUUUAGGUUUUCAAUAUAUCCCAAACUGUUUCUGCAUAUUGAUUAUUGAUUUGGACAAUUUAAACCUGUGUUUUGACAUUGCACUAUUCCCAUUUAGCAAAAUGUCAUUGAAAAUAAGACUAUGCCCAAUGUUCAAUAUAUGUUUGGUUGUAGUUGAAAAUGAAAGUUGAAAAGAUGUUGUUUUUUCAAUGACUUGAAAACAGUUUAAUUUCAAUGUACUUGCAGCUUAUACACCUAUAAUCAAUUUUAUUAAAAAUCUUACAUCACCCCAGAAUUUCUUGACAACA